GCAUUGCUUGCCUAUCAAUUGUCGAAUAUUAAGUUAGAGGUGUUGAGAGCGGUGCGAGUUGCAUGAGUUAUGGCCAAUGGCUUGCCCUAAGCGACGCCUCCGGUCCGGCAAUACGACGGUUGCCUGGAAUAGCCCCAAAACAGCUACCGUCUGACACCCUUGAGAACGCAUAAAGGCUGACAAGGACCCGUCCACUGGCCAUCGUGGUGCUGCUCAUUGGAGUUUUAUUUUCGAAGUCAACGCCACGCUCCGAACACACUCGGCCAUGGGUAAAGCGCAGCCAACGCCUGCUCCCUAUCGCGACGAUCCGGAUGCCGUCUCGCUGCACACGACUCCUGAGGACUAUGAAUACGAUGAUGCGCCUGAAGCAGGCCUACCCCCAUCAUAUGCGGACAGCCAAGGCUCGAGCUCUAACACCGACACUGCGCCUGUGGUGCACCACAUCACUCCUCCCACGGCACGAACCGACCACUCAAAAUGGUGGUCGCUCAAGAAUGGGAAGCCGCAAGUGCCAGAGACGCAGACACACAGCAAUCCGAGGCUCGACACCGAUCCUGUCGUUCUCGAGGAGACAGUGCGCAGACUGGCCUUAGAGCCUCCGUACCCAUUUGUCUAUCUCAUGGGAACACACAGGGAGACGGUUAAGCGUGGCGACAAGACGGAGACUAAAAAUGUCACCGACUUCAGGAUCGUGAUAGACCUCCAGCACCACAUCAGAAGAGCGGAUAUGACUUUGAGCACGGUCGAAAAUGGCGAGAAAACGCAUCGGGGGGGCAUAACAAAGUGUCGCGCACCUGGACAUAAGCAGGACGUCGAAGUUGGCACCCCGAAACCGGAACUUAGAGAGUGGUGCCACCGUUACUGUGCCUCGCCCAGGAUGCUGAGGAUUUUCCGUCUGCGCCGUGUUGUGACUGGCUUUGAUGAAGAAUACCUCAAGCAGCGUCUCGAAGGUCUGAUCCGCGGUACCAACUACCGUGGGCACAUCAGUGUGACCUUUCCAGUGGAAAAUAAGAACGUCGAUCUAUACACAUCAAACCGUAUCAAUCAGUGGCGCGUAACGACGUGGAUCCGCUGGGUGUUUUACCUGACUUUCCUUUGGAUCUUCUCUUGGCCUACGCUCUUCUUCGCUACCAAGCGCUACGCAGUUGUCAAGGCAGAAUGGCCGUGGUCAACGACCGACAGCCAAGGUAUCAAGCAAUACUCUUCAAUCAGCGAGGAGCAGUGGUUCGAGAAAUGGCAUGUGGGCAUCAGACGCCUUGUACUCGAUCGCUACCAGUGUGAGGCGAGCGAGGAAAUCUUACGUGGCGUUAUCGCGCGACCCGAAGACCCACCUCUCCGCACCGGCCAUGAAGGGGUGGAUUCGACCAUCAAUCUGCUUACGCAAGGCUUUCAAGUCGCUCGUGCUCUCUCGAAUGGGGGCAACCUGGGACGCGGGAUCCAAGGAGGCUGGGGUUAUGAUACAUAAAGGGCUAUCGAGUCGAGCACCCAUUCCUAUUGCAGAUUUGUUAGGUAUUUCAUUGCUCCCAUAAGAGAAUGUUGGAACGGGACUAGCGAUCCCCAACGCAGUCACCAUUGCGGAACGUUGAUAGUGAAAUGUCUUGCGAUGUGAAAUGGUAUCGCCUGUCCAGUGCUUGCUAUCCGCACCCUUUCCCGUUCCUGGCAACUUUCUUUUGGUUCGAAUGGGGGUUGUCCUGUCAUGUCUUGAGAAAUGUUCGGUUCCACAAAAGUGGCAAUGCAUUCGCUGGACGAGCUGCUGAUCAAUACCAGACAAAUCGUACUCACUACGGUGACCCCACAAAAGUCCACCCCUGCUGCCUGCAGAUUCUAUAGGUUGACGUCUGAGUAAGCACGAACAAACUGAAAGAGUAUGAUAUGUCCGAGGAGUGCUACAUCAUGUCGGUAAUGGCGAGAAAAUCUUAUCGUUACUUUUCAUCGCGC